AGGAAAACUUGAACAAGCAUCUCCAUCUAUUACCUCGAUCUUUCAGUAUCUCCGUCUCUCGCUCUCAAUCUCUCUUCCUCUUUAUCGAUGAAGAUUCAUUAAAAUCAACAAGAAGAAGAACUUUUCUCUUUGUCCUGGUCUUUCUACCUCAAUUUAAAGAUUAGCAAAGAAAAUUAUCCUCGAGUCACUAAUGGAUGGUAACAUUAUUAUUGGUGACGUUCAUGAAAUGAUGACUGAAAGCACAGGUGCUGUUUCUAUGCCUCAUGGUCUUGGGCAUUUGUUAGGCAUCGACACACAUGAUCCUGGUGGUUACCCUAAGGAAAUAGAGAGGCCAAAGGAACCAGGAUUGAAAUCUUUGCGUACAGCUAGAGAUCUCCGAGAGGGAAUGGUUAGUAACCUAGAAAACAAGACAUUCACAGCCAACUAUAUUGAAAUCUUCUAGAAGGCUAAAACCUUA